CUGUUCAAUAUAAAAAGUAAAAAUAUCUGUGUAUUCAUAAUGUAUUGUAUUGUCAUUCUGGUGAAAAAUAGCAUAAGUUUUUCUCCUGCAUGGAGAAAAGGAUUACUGAGGACUGAAUAAACUUGUGGAUGAUCUUUUAUUUACCCAGUGCAGAUCAAACAUUUUAUUAGUCCCGUGAAGUUUUGGCUGAUCUUUCAUUCAUCAAGGUUAGAUAAGGACCUUACACUUAAAAUAUGGGCCAGGUUUAGUAUCGGGAAAGGUGAAGUAUAAAGUUCCAGGUAUGCUGUUGAGUUUUUAUGGAUACUUUCAUGAAUUAAUGACAAAUUUUAACAAAAAAGACACCAAAUGACUUACUAUAUUAAUGUGUUAAAUUUCACUUUGAAGACAUUGCAUAAAAUUUCUGCCUGCUUAAUAUAUUUUGCUAUGUUGUAGCCAUGCAACAGGAAAGCCCACGUUAUGUGAUUGACAGGCCGGCAUAUAACCUCCCUGACUUUGACAGAGAAUUUGACAAAAAGAGUCGACAGUUCCCUGUUGGAGAAAAAGUAAAGAAACUCUUCAGAUGUUCUGUACCCAGGCUCAAAGGCUUGUUACUUAAACACCUGCCGGUUCUAAGCUGGCUUCCCAAGUACAAAGUAAAAGAAAACCUGCUGUGUGAUGUCAUUAGUGGGGUCAGCGCCGGCACCAUUCAGGUUCCCCAAGGCAUGGCUUUUGCUCUCCUUGCAAAUCUUCCUCCUGUCAAUGGUCUCUAUUCCUCUUUCUUCCCCCUCAUCCCAUAUUUCUUCAUGGGCACUGCUCACCAGAUGGUCCCAGGUACUUUUGCUGUUCUCAGCAUUAUGGUGGGAAUCGUGUGUCUUAGGCUAGCCCCUGAGUCGGAUUUCAGUCAUUUCAAUGCCACUCUUAAUGCCACAGUAGUGGACACUGACAGGAUGAAUGAAGUUCGUCUGGCUAUAUCUGGUACUCUGGCCUGUCUCACUGCAAUCAUACAGAUUGGUCUUGGCUUCAUGCAGUUUGGGUUUGUAGCCAUCUAUCUGUCAGAGUCGUUUGUCAGAGGCUUCAUGACUGCUGCAGGACUGCAAAUCUUAAUUUCAGUGCUCAAGUACAUCUUUGGCAUCACAGUGCCAUCUUACAGUGGUCCGCUGGCUGUUAUAUAUACUCUCAAGGAUAUAAUAUUGGGCCUUCCUGAUACCAAUAUAGCCUCCUUAGUCUUUGCUUUGGUCAGCAGUGCAGUUUUGAUUGUGGUGAAAGAACUAGGUUUCCACUUUCGUCAUAAACUUCCUUUCCCUAUUCCUAUUGAGAUCAUUGUCGUGGUGGUGGCCACAGCCAUCUCAGGUCCGCUGCAUCUUCCUGAGAUCUACCACAUGGACAUUGUGGGCAAUAUUCCUCUGGGAUUUCCUGCACCGAUCCUCCCAACAGUGAGUCAGUGGGAAGACAUGUUGAGCACAGCUUUCUCUCUGGCUAUUGUCGGAUACGUCAUCAACUUAGCUAUGGGCAGGACACUGGCAGCUAAGCAUGGCUAUGAUGUGAAUCCCAACCAGGAAAUGUUGGCUCUAGGCUGCAGCAAUUUCCUUGGGUCUUUCUUUAAGAUCCAUGUGAUCUGCUGUGCUCUGUCUGUAACGCUGGCUGUUGACAGUGCUGGAGGAACCUCACAAUUUGCCAGUCUGUGUGUAAUGCUAGUAGUAAUGGUCACCAUGCUCGCCCUGGGAAUCUAUCUAAAGCCACUCCCAAAAUCAGUGCUUGGAGCGUUGAUUGCAGUAAACCUGAAGAACACGCUCCUACAGCUCUCUGAUCCCUUUUACUUAUGGAAGAAGAGCAAACUGGACUGUUGUGUGUGGGUUGUGUCAUUCUUGGCCACAUUCUUUCUAAGCUUGCCUUAUGGUGUUGCUAUCGGAGUGAGUUUUUCCAUCCUGGUAGUUAUAUUCAAGACACAGUUUCGCAAUGGUUCAACAAUUGUUCAAAUUAAGGAUACAGAUAUCUACAGAAAUCCAAAGACGUACAGCAAGGUCAUGUCAGUAACAGGUGUGAAAAUAGUUAACUAUUGCUCACCAAUCUACUUUGCAAACGCGGAAAUAUUUCGCCAGAGAGUCAUCAAAAAGACUGGGCUGGACCCUGGCAAACUUAUCCUGGCCAGGCAGAAGUUCUUGGACAAAGAACAGAAGGAAAAAGUGAAACAAGAUAAGGACAAAAUGUCAAGAAGGCGGAAACCCAGCUCUUUGGUUAACAUGAAAGCUCAGACCAUAUCUCAGCUUGAACUGCAAAAUGACUUUGAUAUGAACGAUGGCAGUGCCAACAAUGCUGAACUUCCUACAAGCUAUGUCAACUUCCACUGUAAUGACAUUGAACUUGACGAGCAGUUGCCUGACCAAGAGCCAUCCAGUCCCCCUGUUCUCACCCUGGAGCCUCAGCCAGUGCCCUUCCACACCCUAAUCCUCGACAUGGCGGGGGUCUGCUUCAUAGACCUGAUGGGCAUAAAAGCAUUGAUAAAGAUGAACUCGGGCUACACGAUGCUGGGAAUUAAACUGUACCUGGCUAACGUUCAAGCCCAGGUGUAUGAAGAACUGGAGGCCGGGGGAGCGUUUGAAGAUGGCAAUAUUGCCCGCAGUAAUCUCUUUCUUUCUGUUCAUGAUGCCAUUCUGUUUGCUCAGCAGACCUCUGGAGAGAGGGAAGUCUACUCAAAGGCCCAGGGAGCAAAACAGGGACUUGAUUUUAACAUUAAUGAGGAGAAGGAUCUGGAACAGGAAAUGUUUUGAAGUGAACAAGAGCAGAAGAAACAUACUGGAGAUAUUGUCAAUAAUUUUGACAUUAUUCUGCAAUUUAUGAAAUGCGUUCUUGCCAAAAUCCGUCCUCUGCUUAAGCUUUCAUCUUUUAUCCGACUAUCUAAAAUUUUCAUAUGUUCUACCUUGAUCAGUAAUCAGGGGCAGUAUCCAGUACUUCGCGUCACUGGCAGGGGGUGGCACGUACUAGCGCAAGAGACACCAGCAACAAGCAAGUGCUAAUGAAGGGAACUCUGGGGCUCAGUUUGCCUACGUUUUACAAUAACCGAGGAGUGAACUGCUGACUGCGCAGUCAUACAGAAGUGCUCCUUUAAUUAAAUGAGAGUGUGCAUGGCCACAGCUGUGAGCUACAACUAGCUGAGCAGUCUGGCUAAGCCCCUGUGGAGGUAAGGAACUGCAAAAGGCUAAACAUAAGUGAAAGGAAGAUUACAUAGUAUCAGCAGUUUCAUGGCUUUGUUGUUGCAAACUCUGUUAAGCAUCAGAGUCUUCAUAAUUGUCCAUAAGGCAGAAUUGAGCUACAACAACCAAAUAACACUCUUAAUUGUUGCCUCUUGCGCCAGUAUAAACUGUAAGAAAGAGAAAUGUGUGGGCCAGAUAACUUGUGUUUGUGUAGCAGGUGCUUAAAGGCCUGUGGUGUCUAGUCUAGCAGCAGGCUGUCAGUGGUGUUGGUAUGCCUGUGAUGCAUGAAUGGAUUUAUAACGCUAUUAAGAAAUCAUCCUAAGGUAUUCUGGCACACAUCUGCUCCUCUGCUCCCCUUCGUCUCUGCAGCAAAUUGGCACCACAAGUGAUUACAAGGUUUCUAUGGCCAUCAGCUUUAAUUUGGAGCCUUGGGAAAGUCUUUCAUCGCUUAAUGCAUGUAAGUGUCUGUGUGUGUUUGUGUUUAAUUCAUCACCUGCAGCUUACACUUCUCUUUCUUCUCUGCCUCAUUGUUUUCAGGCUGCCUGUGUGGACUUGAUUUGAUUUAAAUUAAGGGAUAUUUUGAUUGAAAGAAUUAGUUUGACUAUUGUUUGACAUAUGGUUAUGAGCUAUUAUUGUCCUACUUUUCUUGACUAUAAAUGUUUCAAUGUACUGUGUAAGAAAAGGCAAUCUCUCUGUCAUUUUUCAUUUUCCAUACACAACACUAGCAAAAGCUAAUAGACCACUAUAUUCAUUUGUUGUACUAACUUUAGCCAGUAUAGCAGUUUUUGUUAUGUACAUGUGAUAACUCAUUAGAAAAAAGUUUUCAAAGGAGUCUGUGCAGUCCUUUGAAAUGCAGAGGAGUUCAGCUCAGUGACAGCAAGGCGCCCAAAUCAUCGCCCCUCCACCCCCCUUGACAGUUGGUAUGGGUUGUUUGGCUGUGGGUUGUUUGGGGUGGUAGAACAGGUCAGCUACUAACCAGAAGGUUGAUGGUUCGAUCCCAGGCUCCUCCAGUCUGCAUGCCAAAUAUCCUUGGGCAAGAUACUAACCCCAUGUUGCUCUCCGAUGCAUCCAUCAGAGUGUGAAUGUGUGUGAAUAUUAGAUAGUGAGCACUUAACAGCUUAUAAAAAGUGUUUGUGUGACUGGGCGAAUUAAUUAGCUGUAUAAAGUGCUAUGAGUGCUCAGAUAGAGUAGAAAAGCCCUAUAUAAGAACCAGUCCAUUUACCAUUUGUGCUGAUAUACUAUGUUUGGUUUACCAGACGUGGUUCUCUGGUUCUCUCUGCAUUGUGGUCAAACAUAUCUACUCAAGUCUUAUCUGUCAACCUUUCCAAAACAUACAUGCUCAGUUUUUUUCUAAUGGUGCUGUCAUUAACUUCAACAUUUAACAUGCUCACUGAGGUCUUGGUAUGUUAUUUUUCAUUUUCUUUGAACAUUGAAUGGUUUGACUUUGAAUUUGCUGGGACAUGCAGACUGUGGCAAUGUGUUAACGUACACCUGAAUAAACCAAUAAACAGCCAAAAUGUAUUCUUUUAUAGAGGCAGUCACACUUACUGACCAUCAGUUAAUCAGAUGCAUUUGAUUAGCAGUACCUGGCUGUUCCUCUUAAUUCCUAUAGCUCCAGUAUUGGUGAGGACUUCAUAAAGUCAUUUGAAAAUGUUCUUUUUCAAAUUACUGUAGUAUUUAAUUUCAAUCACUUUCAAUUAAUUUCCAGUUUUUAAUGUUUUUUUUUUAUUUUAUUAUUUUUUAUAAAUGUUACGUUUUUGAGUUUCAGUUAUAUUAUGAAAGUUAUUAGUUAUUGGUAUGAAUCAAGAUGUCUUUCAUUGCAAUACAAAAACAACACUCUGUUAAGACAAGUCCCUCACAUUCAUGUAGAAAUCCCAAACUUAGUAAGCAUCUACAUUACUUACUCUUGCCUGUGCUAAGAAAUUUUGAUAAUAUUGAUUGUUGGCCUAAAUCAAUUUUCUUUGUAUUUUUAGUUAAAUAUGUUACUUCAUUUGUGUUGUUUUUAUUUUUAUCUCAAAAAUAAAUGAUUGAACGAUGAAAUUA